AUGUCGUGCCAGACCUGCCUCUCCGACCUCCGCGCCCCGCCGGCUUUCAUCCCCGACUGCUGUGGUGCACCCGUCUGCGCCGCGUGCGUGGCGUCCAACCCACGCCUGACGAGCUGGGUGCCUUGCCUGCGGUGCGGCAGCUCGCUACCGAAGCCGCCGGAUCACACGGAUCAAGCGGGUAUCAAAGUCACGCGGGUUGACGGCAAGCAGCCAAACCCCCAACCUAAAGAAGAGGACGACCAGUUCGUGCUCGUUGCAAGACAAUAUGCUACCGAUCCCCACACCCUCCUAGCCCUCAACGACCUCCCCCACGCGGCACUAUACGCCAACCCGCGCCUGAUCGCCACUCGCCCAAAGCUUGUCAUUUCGCGGCGGCUGGUCAACGCCAAAACGCUCGAAAGCGUGGACGUGACCGAGACUGAGGAGCGAAAGGCACAGCGCGCCCUCUCCCGCUUCCAGGCCGUCGCCAAGGCCGAGGAACACGUCGCGAGGGCAUACCUCGCCUUACACCCGAAAGAGAAUGCUACCGGUUCGGCUUUCCAUCGGUCGUUGGAGGGAGGAGCCGUUAUGCCCAUCAGUCACCAGAUCCGAGCACUGGUCAACCGCCCCGUCCUGCUCGUCUGA